GAGCUAGAUCGGAUAGGCGGGCAGAAUAUCAUAGUUUCAUAUCUAAAGAAGCUCUCCUGAAAUUUUCAGCCAAUUCGGUUCAGAAUUCGAGGUGCCCAAGCGAUUUCAAUUUUGUAUUGGAUGUUGGGCCCGUUAGUAUGGGGAAAACGGCACUUUUUAUACUUUAUUGUUCUAAAAAUCCAAAACUGGACCGAAUAACAUACUGUGUAAGCUGUUUAUAGAUUUUUUUAUGGGGAACAACUUUGUAGAACAUCGCGAAACGAUCUGAGCAGAACUGGCUUAGUUAUAAGUGGUUUAAGCUAAGUUGUUUUUCCAGGGUUAAAUCCAGGACUAAAGUAUAGUCUUUUUAUCUUAUCGGUCACUAUGAUCUGAGAAUGUUUUUUUGACAUGUGGUGGACUGAUUUUUCAAACCGUUUCAAUUAUUCCUUCAAACUGGAAUGAUGGUGCGAACAAGGAAAGAAACCUCGCUUUAUUUGAUCGGUGCAGCAAGAUCGGAGCCGUUAAGCAACCUGCAGAAGCUCCCCACCGUGCGUGAAACGCUGCUGCGGUUUGCAUUUUUAUCAGGAGAGCGACGAAAUGUGAACCAGGCUCUCCUGGUGACGACAACUGAGCUGCUUGAGACAUGGCGGCGAUCUUCAAUUCCGGUUAAAGACCGAAAAAACGUCAAAAAAUGUGUCCAAAAACAGGUUGACCUCUGGAAGCUGCUGAAAAAACACAAGAACAAAGAAACGGAAAGAAAAAACCAUUUCAUCAGCCAGUUGGACACUUUGUUGGACAUUUCCUCUGCAAAAGUAGAAGAAGAACUGUUGAUUCUUUUUUUGAAUGACCAGAGGAACGAGCGCAGAUUCAAUCUAUGUUCAAUAAAUGCCUCAGUUCUGAAGACGAAACCUGUUGAAGAUUAUGCUGCAGAAGAUGAAGCUACGGGAGGAGAAGAAGGAGAAGUUGUGGGAGGUGAAGAGGCGGAAGACGCGAUGGCGGUAGAUGAUGUGGCUGGUAGUUUAAAUUAUCUCUCCCUUAUAAAUAUAAUUGAGCUUCUUAUAAUAAUAUUAAAAAAAAACAAAUAUUUUAGAGUCCUAUCAAGACGCAUCAAGAGAUGACCCGGACUACAUUCCGGAACCAAAACGAGCUAAAAUAACCCGGGAAGGCCAGAGCAACCAAGAUUCCGUAGAUGUUCUCACGGAACAUGUUGUCAGCGCUCUGGACCGCAACAAAAUUUCUAAUCGCCAAGCGAUGAAGAUAAUUGCGCCGGUGGCAGCUGCUUUUGGUGGAAAAUUGGCUAAAAUGCCACUCUCGUGCAGCACGAUUCGACGCAAAAGGAAACAGUGUCGCCAAGAGAUCGCGGAAAGGGUCACGGCCGAAUUCGAAGCAGCUGGACCUGUGGUGGUACACUGGGACGGUGUGAAGCUCGAGAACAUAUCCAGCUCUGGCCAUUCAGAAAGACUCGCGAUAUUAGUAUCGUGGGAUGGAAAAGAAAAGCUUCUUGGUACGGCUACACUGGAACAGGCCACAGGCGAAGCAGCAUCGAACGCAGUUCACGAUCGCCUGGAGGAGUGGAGAUGCACACCGCUGGUUCGAGGUUUAUGCUUCGACACGACCAGCGUUAACACGGGAAGGUUGAAUGGUAAUAUUUUAUCAUUAGUUUAUGUCAGAUAUCUUAAAAUUGUUAAAAAUGAUGCAUUUGUAGGUGCUUGCGUAAACCUAGAAAGGAUUCUCGGCCGCGAUCUGAUGUGGCUGGCAUGUCGGCAUCAUGUUCUGGAACUGAUUCUUGCCAAAGCGUUUUUUGUAUGUUUUGGGCCUACAAAAUCUCCCGAGACACCGCUAUUCAAACGUUUUCGAGAGAAGUGGCCAGAAAUAUCUAAGGACAAAGUCAAGGCUUUGACCGUCACGAAGAAGUUCAAGAAGCAAAAGGAAUCUGUGGUCGGUUUCCUCAAAACUUCAACGGAAUGGUCAAGAAAUGACUACAAAGAGCUAAACGACCUGACUUUGUUAGUUUUGGGGAACCGACCCGAAGGUUUCACAUGGAAAAAGCCCGGCCCCAUCCACCACGCCCGAUGGAUGGCCAAGUUGAUUUAUGCGACAAAAAUCUACCUGCUGCGUGAUCAAGGAAGUGCUUUUGAACUCACAGAGGAAGAGGUCAAGCAGUUGCAGCGGUUUGUUCGCUUCGGAGCAUUGCUUUACGUAAAGCCUUGGUUCGAAGCACCACUUGCCGCGGAGGCUGCAUUCAACGAUUUGAAUUUAUGGAGGGAGCUACAAUCAUUUCGUUCUACUGAUCCUGAGCUAGCGGCAGAAACUUCCACCGUCCUGGAACGGCAUUUGUGGUAUAUAUCGGACGAGCUGAUCGGCCUUGCGUUCUUUUCGGAACAGCUGACCACAAGCGAGAAAGCAAGAAUGGUUUCGGCAAUGCAGAAGAAACCCGAAGGCGUCCGAUCAGUGGUUGCCAAUCCGGAACUGCUUACGAACUCCUCCUUUGAUUGCUUUGUGUCCAAACGAACCGCCAAUAUCUUCACCCAGCUGAUGAUUGACGAUUCAUUCGUCCGUCUUCCGCCGGAUGAGUGGAUCGAGAACGAAGCGUACAGGGAUGGACAGCGAGUCGUUCAAAACCUUCAAGUGGUCAACGACUUGGCCGAGCGCGGCGUUAAGCUGUCCAAGGAUUACAACAAGCUUCUUACCAAGGAUGAAGCUGAGAACGAACGUGUGCUGCAGGUUGUCGAACAGAACCGGAAACACAUUGAAACAAACUGCACGAAGACUUGUUUUGAUAAAAUGUUUUCUUAGAUUUUUA